AAUACAAAUGUUGCAAAAGAACUGCGAAAGAAGUUGAUUUAAAAGAAUACAGAUGGUGAGCAAGAGUGAAGGAAGAUUCAGUUAGCCUUUCGUCUUCCUCCGAAACAAACUCACCAAACCCUAAUCUUUCUCUCUUUGUAUUCGCGCCAACGCAACCGAAAAUGGCGCACUUCAGUUUCAAUCUCCUCCACAAUUUCGAACACACCAGGGAUUCUUAUGGAUUUGCAUUAAGGCCUCAAUACGCACAACGAUACAGGGAGUAUUUUCCCAUAUACAAGGAAGAGGAAGAUGAGAGAUCAGAUAAAUGGAACGACUUUCUUGAACAUGCAGCUGAAUCAACUCUACCAACUUCUAAUGAACAUAAAGAAACAUUGAAGGCUGAACCUAUAACUGAUGAGGUAAACGAAGAGAGAAUUCCACAUAGGCCAAAUAAUGGGGAUGAUUCAAGUAGAAGGAAGUUUUGUGAGUUAGAAGAAGAGACUAAUGCUAUCAAGGUUAGCAUAGGAGGUGACUCAAGUGACAGAAAGACUUCUGAAGGCACUGAGAUAAAAGAGGGUACUAAUCCAGGGAGGGUUAGUGAAGGCGGUAUUUCACGAGACAGGUAUUUUAUUUCUCACAGUGCAAUCGGAAAUAUCUCUAGAAAGGAACUUCAUCAUUGUGAAGAAAGAAAGACUCGCAAGGUUGUUCAACACUGGGCUGAGAUUAGGCCAUCUCUUAUUGCCAUUGAAGAAAUAUUCAGUUCUCGUGUCAAGGGAAAGAAAAUGGAAGGUGCAGAAAUAAAUAGAAAUAGUAAUCAUCCUCCAUCUAUAGAAGAAUCUAAACCUGUAGAUGAUGGUAUCAAUGGCUCAAAGGAAGAAAAUUCUUUAGUAGAUCAGAACUUACCUGAACUUUUCUCUCGAUGGAAAGAACUGGAGUCCCUUGUUCAAGGAGGAGUCCCGAAGGAUCUUAGAGGAGAGGUCUGGCAAGCCUUUGUAGGUGUGAAGAAGCGACGGGUGGAAGGCUAUUAUGAGGAUCUGUUAGCUCGUAAUGAAAGUGAGGAGCAAGAUGUCUCAUCUGCUGCAUUUGGGAAAUGGAAAAAGCAGAUUGAGAAGGACUUACCACGAACUUUCCCAGGUCACCCUGCUUUGGAUGAAAAUGGCAGAAAUUCCCUGAGGCGUUUACUGCUAGCAUAUGCUCGACAUAACCCUAAAGUUGGGUACUGUCAGGCAAUGAAUUUCUUUGCUGGUUUAUUGCUACUUCUUAUGCCAGAAGAAAAUGCCUUUUGGGCAUUUGUUGGCAUUAUUGAUGAAUAUUUUGCAGGCUAUUAUACUGAGGAUAUGAUAGAAUCUCAAGUGGAUCAGCUGAUUUUUGAGGAAUUGAUGCGUGAAAGAUUUCCCAAACUGGUUAAUCAUCUGGAUUACUUGGGAGUGCAGGUGCCAUGGAUAUCUGGAUCUUGGUUUCUAUCAAUCUUUGUAAAUGUAAUACCUUGGGAAAGUGUUCUUCGUGUUUGGGAUGUGCUACUAUUUGAAGGGAACCGUGUUAUGCUAUUUCGAACAGCACUGGCUCUAAUGGAAUUAUAUGGUCCGGCAUUAGUUACCACAAAAGAUGCUGGUGAUGCAAUUACGUUGCUGCAAUCACUUGUUGGUUCAACAUUUGAUAGCAGUCAACUUGUCUUUACGGCUUGUAUGGGUUAUCCAUUAGUGACUGAGGCCAGACUGAAGGAACUAAGAGAUAAACAUCUGCCAUCUGUAUUAGUCGUCAUUGAAGAAAGAUCUAUGAAGGGAAGGGCUCUUAAGGAUUCCAAAGGGAUUGCAACUAAACUGUAUAGUUUCAAACAUGAUCGAGGGUCUCUGGUAGAAGAAAGUAAAACCACUGAAGAAAGUGUUGCAGUAGCUGAUGCGAGUGUGCAAUUGGCAUCUCGUUCCUCUAAUUUAAAUGAAAUGCUCAAUAGCCUCAAUGUGGAUUCAGAACUGGAGGCCCUUCCAGAUCCCCAGGAUCAGGUGGUUUGGUUGAAGGUUGAAUUAUGCAGUUUGCUGGAGGAGAAAAGAUCUGCCAUACUCAGAGCUGAGGAGUUAGAAACAGCUUUAAUGGAGAUGGUGAAGGAAGACAACCGUCUGGAGUUGAAUGCAAGGGUCAAGAAAUCGAGGAGAAUGGUUGGACAUUCUAGAGAAUAGAAUGGUCAAUCUUUGAUGUCUACAACCUCCAUUCCCAAUACAAAAAAUUCAGUCAUUAGCUGUCUUGUAGGACAUCCUUCACUUCAUGUUAUAAGGCUUUUUGUUUCCUUCCUCGUUCAAAAGCUUAAAUUUUCAAAGUCUUCGUUGGGGAUAGUGAUAGCCUCAUCCUCAACCAAGGAUUAUCCGAAGCAUGAAGAUGAGACCAUGAAGGUGAGUGUAUGGAAGUAAUGGAGUUGUAUGGUGGGGAUGCUUUCGGUUUGGAUGUUAGAAGGGUGAGAUUGGUGAUGUUUGGUUGCUCUAAAGAGAGGUUGGGCCAACUCUUAAGGAGCGAUGGCUAGAGGAAACCUAGAUGGGGUGCCAUGGUGACCUAAGUUGAGUAGUAUGGCACAAAUUUGGCAGCAUAACAGAUGAGUACAUGGAAAAGACGCCUCUAUUUAUAAGCUUAGGUAACCCUAAAGGUGUCUCCAAAUUGUAGAAACAAAACCCUAAUACUCUAACUUGGAGACCAAGGUAAAAUUCUCUUCAUUAGGUUGAUGACAGGUGGCCACUACUAAGGAGAAAUCAUCUUCAUUAAGAGCAUGACACAUGGUCAUUACUAAGGAGAAAUCCUCUCCAUUAAGAGCAUGCCACAUGGCAAGAGCGUGUGUCUCACAAAAGAGAACAACUUUGAGACCACUCUAGCCAAGGGCCUACAAACUUCUAGAAGGUUUGCUCUCUAAGCUAGGUUUUUACCUUAGAUCCAUGUAUCUCCUUAGGGCCUAAAACCCUACACUACAACUCGAGGCCAAAUACAAGGCCCAAUAGAAACCCUAGACUACUUGGCCCAUUAUACAAGGCCUAAAAUGGGCCUAAUCUACUAAGAACUCACUGAUGGUCCAUGAUGAUAAGAGCUUGGACACACCUUCUGCAGAUAACUCCAAUUCUUCUUGAGUAUGCUUGCCCAUGACUACGUGCUUUGCCAUCGUAUAGGGAAUUUAUUUGCAACGAUCACCUUGUUGAGAGCCCUAUAAUCCACACAAAAUCGCCAUCUCCCAUCUUUUUUCAUCACCAAGAUUCUUAGUUGGAUGGGGGACUAACUUUAAAUGGAUUUUUUAUUAUUGUUUGUUGAAAUCUGCGUACAACAGCAAUCUUGAAGGUAUCCCAAGUAGAAUUGGGGUUACAAGUCUCCCACCAUUGAAACCAAUUCAAAGCUUUACCUUCUAAAGCAAUCAAAGACUACUUGCAUAGUCUCUUCCUCAAUCACAUCCUUUAAUCUGAAAUACCUCUCCAAUCGAUUCAUCCAUCCAUAAGCCUCCUUGCCUGCAAAAACAGUGUUGUAAUUUGGGAUAAUAUCUUUAGAAUCUUCCUAAUUAGAGGAAAUAGAUACAUAAUAUUUUAUUUUU